CAUCGAGGAGGAGGAGGAGCUGCACGACAAAACCCCCUCCGAGCGAUUCAUCCUGCACAGAGCAAGCAUGGCAGGCGACAGCGAGCAGCGGCUGCAAGACCAUGCGGAAAACGACCAGGCUAACAGACAGCCGUUCCUCAUCGGAGUCGCGGGAGGCACUGCUAGCGGCAAGUCGUCAGUGUGUGGGAAAAUCAUGGAGCUGCUGGGUCAGAAUGAGAUUGACCACCACCAGAGACAGGUGGCCAUCCUGAGCCAGGACAGCUUCUACAAGGUGCUGACCGCAGAGCAGAAGGCCAAGGCUCUCAAGGGCCAGUUCAACUUCGAUCACCCAGAUGCUUUUGACAACGAGUUGAUUCUGAAGACCCUCCGAGAAAUCGUGGAGGGGAAAACAGUUCAGAUCCCAGUGUAUGACUUCGUCACCCAUUCCAGGAAGGAGGAGACAGUGACUGUGUACCCAGCUGACGUGGUUCUGUUCGAGGGGAUCCUGAUGUUUUACUCCCAGGAGAUCCGGGACCUGUUUCAGAUGAAGCUCUUCGUAGACACGGACGCAGACACCCGGCUCUCCAGGAGAGUGCUCCGGGACAUUAGUGAGCGAGCCAGAGAUCUGGAGCAGGUCCUCGCUCAGUACAUCACCUUCGUCAAGCCUGCCUUUGAGGAGUUCUGUCUGCCAACAAAGAAGUACGCUGACGUCAUCAUCCCACGAGGAGCUGAUAACCUUGUCGCCAUAAACUUGAUCGUGCAGCACAUCCAGGACAUUUUGAACGGGGGGCUGACGAAACGACAGAAUGGCUGUUUAAAUGGCUACAGCACCCCCCUCAAGAGACAGCCAUCGGAGUCCAGCAGCCGGCCGCACUGACCCUGCCCCCUUCCUGGAACGAGAGAGAACAAGGGAAGUGUUUAGUUGUGUAUAUACUGCCAGUCAGCCGCACUGUAUUUAAUGAGAAAACAAAGCCAACACACAUCAAUGCCUUUUUUUUUUUUUUUUUUUUUUUUUGGUGUGUGUGUUUGUACUAUAAACUUAAUGCUUGAAGGAAGUUCUUAUUCUGGGACUCGGCUGCAGGUCUUUGGGUAAAGCUCCUCCUGUUUUUUUCGGUUGGGUUACUGUAAAAAAAAAAAAAAAAAAAAAAAAAAAAAAAUGCAACAUGGUGGCGUUUUGAUAGAAUCGCCUGUUCAAUAUUGAGGCGUACGGUAAAUGGUGUUUGCAUUAGGGGUCUCUUUAGGCAGUGCAGUUUCCAUGAAUGCAAAACAACUGGACUAAAAGCAGUGCUAAAAUCCCUCCUUUGCAUUUGAGACAACCAGGCUGUUUCUAUUAUCUAAAAGAAGAAAAAAAAGGUUUCACCAUGAGCACUAAUGCAGCUGGAAUUCUUUCUGUACGUUCUCCAGGGCUGUGCUAGCCUGUCUUGCUUUAUUUAUUUUUUUAAUUGUUUUGAUCAUGGCUGAUUUGCGUAGAAUGAAUUUGCUGUUGGCUGUGGUCAUCUAAUGAGAAGAGACCUUGUUUAAAAACCUGCAUUUAACUAAUAAAUAUAUAAUAUUUUACUUUCUCCUGGACCUGCUUGGUCAGUGCAAUACAAAACACCUCCCUUCCUCUGUAUGGUUGUCCUUGAUUCCUGAACCUGUUUGAGCCGCAUGAAACAAACCAGAACCCCUGCUGAAAGUUCUGCAUGCUGAUUAGCCUUUACCUAGAUUUCAGUGCUCCUGUACAAUCUGGUCGGCUCUUCAUGCCACCCCCGAGUGUAAAUGAAACACAGGAGGCCUGUUUCUGUGGGGACCAUUGGUUCCCUAACACCCAGAUGAAAUGUGGAGCUGCUAGGUCCUGCCAGGCUUCUGGCAGGCACCCCACUGCUUGAUCUGCUGCUUCUCUCCACAGUUUAAUAAAUAAAAUAUUUCUGUACUGUAUUAAAUUGAGAUGGGGAUGACUUGUGGAAUUCUUUGCCAUUGUAUUCCUGGCCAGAGGUUGGCCAAAACCCUUCUAAGGAAGCCCUCCUGCUAUUUGUCCCAUUCCAUGUUGCGUCUGUUGGGUUGGAGCGCGCACACCCUCCUACGUUGGUGGAACACCUUGUUCGUUAUAUAGCCAAAAGCUUCCGAAAGGAACAUUUGUUUUUAAAAUGGAAAUUAACAGUCUUUCUUAAUGUUGUUGUAAGAUGGGCUGGGCCAGUCCCAGGGUAGUCCAGGAUCAGUGCUGUUGCACACUGGUACGUGGAGACCUACUCUGUGCCUCACAGAUCAGGGUGCGUUUCUGGGAUUCAUGCUGAGCAAGUUGUAUGAAAGCAGGCACGUUUUCAAUGCAGCGUAAGGGAGAGCCCGAGUUCGGUGGAGGAGUCCUCGGCUGAACUGAUCCCAGGGGGUUCCUCCUGGCCACUGACCCCUGAGCCUUUUGUCUCCUUGAAUAUGAAUAUACUUUGUAAUACCCUGCCUUGCACCCACAGAGAGCGAGAGCGCCUACAGACCACGCUCGUACGCACACACACACAGAGCCUAGACAGUGCCUGCUCCAGUGUCCUGGAAUAUGAAUAUACUGUGUAAUACCCUACCCUGCACACACAGAGAGAGAGAGAGAGAGAGAGAGAGAGAGAGAGAGAGCGCGCGCGCUUACAGACCAUGGAUGAAUAUACUGUGUAAUACCCUGCCCUAGAGAGAGAGAGAGAGAGAGAGAGAGAGAGAGCGCGCCUACAGACCACGCUCGCACGCACACACACAGAGCCUAGACAGUGCCUUCUCCUGUGUCCUGGAAUAUGAAUAUACUGUGUAAUACCCUGCCCUAGAGAGAGACCAUACAGACACACAGAGCCUACAGAGAGUGCACCUGACUUCUAAGAUGAACAACUGUGAAUCUAAUAAAGGCUGUCCUCCUUGAUUCUCACAUAGAUGCAGUGGUGGAUUUUUUUUUUUUUUUUUAAUCCCUGGUGUUUUCCAAUAGUUGCCAGCCAAUUCAGAAUCCAAGGUUGCAGUGCAUAUCAAGGUGUGUGUGUGUGUAUUUCAUAUACAAAUAUUACACAGUAUGUUGCCAUUAUAUAAAUGGUUAUUCCACAGUGUUUACUAUUACUGUACUUCUAUACUACUUAAAAAAAAUACUGCAAUAAAACCUUGUGGUUCUUUAACACGUCUAUCUUAAUAGGCAGUGGUACACUGUCCUGUACAAACAGUUUAGAAAUAAAUGCAGUAUUUGUGUGUGUGUUUAUAUAUAUAUAUAUACACACACAGCCACACAUUCCUGUGUGUACCUUUUAUAUUGACUCCUGUAAAUGUGUGUACAGAUGUAAGUCUAUUGAUUUUCCAUGGAGAAGUGGCUGCUUUACAGCGUGUAUUGGGAAUGGUGUGGGACUGGGGUCCAGUUCACAGCCCAGCAGCUGCUUCUGAUCAGCACUAACUCAGACUGUCUCAUUACCAUCCUGCACCCUCUCCUCUAUCCAGGGCUGCCUUACCCUGGGUGUGCUUGUUCAACGUCUUCUGGUUAAUCCUAUUAAAGGAAUCCUCCACUGUGUCCACUGCUGCUCUCUCUGAGGAAUCCUUUUCCAGACCCUGAGUUGACUAUGUGUGUGUGUGUGUGUGUGGGUGUGUCAGCGAGCCCUCCACGUGGCAUGGUCAUGAGGACCACAGCACCCUGCUAAACCAGAGGGAAGGGGGGUUACUAGCUCCUCCUCAAACUGCACAGGUCACCGGGAGCAGGGAAGGGGUCAAACUCCACUGAGCCAAAGGUAAGAACACUGCAUGCGUUGUCCCAAACCUUAGUGCUCACGUGGAAUGGGUCAGAGGGGAAUGCAUUCAGCGUUUUUAUGCAACUUCGACUCUGUAUGUGUGGCAUUAGACCCAUCGGGAUUAGUCUAUACUGUAGCUGUCCCUGUAUAGAACCGGUGAAUGCGUUCACCUGCUAUGGUGGCGCCCCCUGCAAAUUGUGUCCCUCGAGCUGGGAAGUGCAUUUUGAAGUAAUAAGUGGGAUAUCGGAUGGGGAUUGGUAGAGCUGCAGUGUGUUCAGAAGGAGCUGCUGUGGACAGUCCUCGGAAGAGCUUGGUAGCAGAGCGCUCUGCAGAAAUGCGUUUCUGUACCCACUCUACUGCGGGCUUGCUGAAGUGUUACCUCGUAUUACCUUGAUCUGGAUAGUUAGUCAGGUGAGCAUGUCUUCACAGGCAUGCCAAGUGUUGGUCUGUGCCUUGUCUUCAUGCUAUCUGCAUCAUUUAACCCCUUACCCAUGUAUUAUACUGUAAAUGAUCACUGAUGUUUGAGAAUGGCACAUGCAGGGAGCAAAACUGUACCAUGUUGUGUAAUUAUAAAAUAAAGAUUUUCUAU